CGUUGCCUUACAGAAAUAUUUUCAAGGAGUUUCCUUUCUUCAACUUGGUUCAGUCUCGUGUCAUGAAUGACAUUCUGUACACAAACAGACCUGUAGUGGUUUGUGCUCCGACUGGCUCUGGAAAGACUGUUAUUUUUGAGCUGGCCAUCAUUCGUCUCCUAAUGGAAUGCCAAGGACCCUGCUGCAAUGCGAAAGUGAUCUAUAUGGCCCCCAUCAAGGCACUGUGUCGGGAGAAAUUCGAAGACUGGCAGAACAAGUUCGGAGCACUGGGCAUUCAGUGCAAAGAGCUGACCGGAGACACGGAUGUCGAUGACUUUUUUGAGAUACAAAAUGCCCAAAUAAUAUUGACAACGCCGGAGAAAUGGGACAGCACGACAAGGCAGUGGCACGACAGGUCUCUCGUGCAGCUCGUGAGGCUGUUUCUGAUUGAUGAGGUGCACACAGUGGGGGAUGAGUCACGUGGUGCCACCUUGGAGGCGGUGGUCAGCAGAAUGAAGACGCUUCACAAUCUUGUCCCUCCAACCUACACGAAGGACGCACUUCAACCGCCGCAUGCCUGUGCCGGAGUGCGGAUCGUCGCCCUGUCAGCCACCAUUCCCAAUAUCGAAGACGUUGCCGAGUGGCUGUCUGAUAGGGAUGGAACGGCCACCUUCAUAAAAUUGGGCGAAAAACAUCGCCCUGUGAAACUUCGCAAAAUCGUGUUGGGAUUUCCUUUCUAUCGUGCGCAGACGGCCUUUAAGUUCGACUUGAUACUCAACUACAAGCUGGCAAGAAUUAUACAAACAUAUUCUGAGCAGAAGCCAACGCUCAUUUUCUGUGCGACCAGAAGAAGUGUCCAGCUGGCUGCAGCCACGCUGGCUAAAGAUGCCAAAUUCAUGAUUGAUUCCCAGCACAGGCAGAGACUGCAGGUGCAUGCUUCUUACCUGAAGGAUAUCAAGCUGAGAGAUUUGCUGACGAAAGGAAUUGCAUACCAUCAUGCAGGAAUGGAAUGUCUGAUAGAAGAAACAUUGAAGACGUUUUCUGCGAGGAGAACUGCCAGUACUGUGUACUCUCCACAAGUCACUGCUAUGGGUGUCAACCUUCCUGCCCUGGUCAUCGUCAAAUCGACGAUGCACUACACCGGGGGAGGCAUGCUGCAAGAAUAUAGGGACACAGAUAUUCUACAGAUGAUUGGCAGGCAGGAAGACCGCAG